AACCUCCUCUUGUAGCGCAGCCCUGCUGAGAUUACCAGUACAUCUUUUCCUUCUGUUCAUUCUACUGUUGCAAGCAUCCCUCGAACAAAUGAGAUUCGCGUGAAUUGGUGGACCGGCGGUGCCUCCGCCCGGUAAUGAGGUCUUGCGGCAACCACUGAAACAGGCACCGUUUGACAGGCACUCGCUGUCCUCCACUGCAUUGGCGCAUAUUUGCUGUGUUAUGGAGACACGAUGCUAACAAAAACAAAACAACACGAUAAAGUUCCACAUGCGCCCCUCUCUCCUCUUACACACGCGAUACUUUUUUUCUCCGAUCCUCCAGUCUGCGAUGAUCAUCUAGACUUGUUGUGGAAACUCACCCUGACCCCCGGCUACUGUGAGGUCAUUGACUGGGGUUCUGGCCUGUUGCAUGCUGUCGCAGCCCUCCAUUUGAACUCUUCAUCUGCUCCUCGGGGGCUUAUUUCCAGUUCCUUACGACACAAUUAUUUUCUCUUGCGCUCUACUUCGUUCGCUCGCUCUUCUGUUUUGCAUAGCUACAAUGGCGCGACCAAAAAGCAUGCCCGAUUUCGCUGCUCUGCUCGACUCUUCCAAGACUGUUCCCUGGAAAGAACACCCGCGUAAGAAGCCGAGUAUCUCGCUGGCUGCCGGCUUGAUCAUGGCCACGGACAGCCCUACCAAGAACGCCUACGCGCCAGGAGUACCGACGCGCAAGGAUUCGAAUUCCAACGAACCUCAGGAUUGGAGUGACAAUCUUUUCUAUGCGUACGCGCAGAAGGUAUACGGUCCCAGCGACUAUGCGCAAUCUCCCCCGUACAUUUUGACCUUUGCAAACGCCUCUGUUUGUGACCAGUGGUGGUCUCUCGUGCAAACCGAAUACCCUGAAUCUACCCGUAUGGGCCCGCAGCUCUUCGUAUUGAAAGGCGAUGAUAUGCAGGAGCAGAUACAAGACAACCCGCGUUUCUAUGACUUGCGCAAUAAAUGGUUCUACACGCCAGCUGAUGGGACAGCGGGUGUCAUUCCUCUUCAGGACUACAAAGGGAACCCAGUCACCGCACCAGCGUCAGCUCCGAAAGAAGAGGAGAAGAAGGCUGACGGUCUGGACAUGGCCAGUCUGAGGGCAUCUCUUGACCAGAUGAGCUCCAUGAUCUCGGAGAACGGUGCACAGAUUCGCGCAUUGUCCGUCGCACAAUCCGAAGGUCUGCAGCACAUGCAGGAAAUCAACGAAUCCAACAUGACACAGAUCAAAGCUCUAGCAGAAGGACAAGCAAAACUGCAAACCGUAGUCAGCGAAAACGCUUCCCACUACAUCGCCCUCUCCAACUCCUCCUUCACCAACCAGGAACAAGUCAAAUCCGUCCUCCAAGCCUCAACGUCCCAGAUCAAAGCCCUAGGCGAUGGCCAGAUGAAACUAGCCAAGACCUGCGAAGGCAUGAUGCGCACGAUCGAGAACCUCGGACAUACGGUGGGACGCGUGAGCGACAACGUCGGCGCAAUGAAUGGAGGCAUGUCGGACACAGCGAGUACUUCGUCCUAUGGAUCGAUGGCACGCAUCAGUCCAGGACCCCGUAAACUGAACCGCAGAAUCAAGGGCAUUUGGUAUGAGUACGACGCUAACACCAGCCCGGAUACGAGUCCCCGCAAGAGCGUAUCCUUCCUCGAUACACCGCCCAAAACUCCUCUGUCUGGGAAACUGAGGUAGUCAUCACGUCUGCAUCUCGCUAGAAGGAAUUACGAAAAAAGAAAGGAAUGGAUCCAGAGAUUUGUGGCUACGUUGUACGAUAUAUUGCAUUUACUUUGAGCCUAGGCGUUUGACACGAGUUUGGUCAUUUUCUUUACUUUUUCUUCCUUUCUCUUCUCCCCUGGAAAAUCGGUUUGGCCUCCGGCGUCUGCUUUUUUUUCUCUCUAGUUUCGUGAUCAUCCUUUGUACAAGGAUACGAGUGUACCGAUAAUGAGAUAUUGCUGGCGAUGCUAUCACAUGUAAUACAACUGUCUACUUUUUCCUGACGCUUAUCAUCACAAACCGUGUUCAUGAUACUCGACCUACCUUCAAGAUACACUGACCCAUUCCAUUCCACCUGUUGUGCAUCGUG